AUGACGAGGGCGCCUGUCAUGCACUUCGGGUCGGCGAAGAGGGCCGCCGAGCUUAAGUUUUACCUGGACAGCUCGGAGAAUUUUAAGCCCUCUCCUCUGUUUUUAACAUGUUGCCGAUUCGCAGGGCUCCAGAGCUUAAAAUGCGCAAUCGCGGGCAAAAACCUCUACCUAAGGUUCUCGUGCAGCACCGGAGACGCGAUGGGUAUGAACAUGGUCUUAAAGGGAGUCCAGAACGUCAUGGAUUUCCGGCAGACGGACUUCCCCGACAUAGACGUGAUGGGGAUCUCUGGCAACUUCUGCUCGGAUAAGAAGCCCACGGCAGUGAACAGGAUUGAGGGGAAGGGCAAGUCGGUCGUGUGCGAGGCCGUGAUCAAGGGCAACGUAGUGAGGAGGGUGCUCAAGACCAGUGUGGAGGCGCUGGUCAAGGUGAACAUGCUCAAGAACCUGACCGGCUCGGCAAUGGCCAGAGCCCUCGGAGGGUUCAAUGCCCACGCCAGCAACAUCGUCACGGCAAUCUACAUUGCCACAGGCCAAGACCCAGCCCAGAACGUGGAGAGCUCUCAUUGCAUUACCAUGAUGGAAGCUGUCGACGACGGCAAGGACCUCCAUGUCUCUGUCACGAUGCCGUCAAUUGAGGUGGGAACAGUUGGAGGUGGGACUCAGCUUGCCUCGCAAUCGGCGUGCUUGAACCUGCUUGAAGUGAAGGGGGCAAACAGAGAAGCGCCGGGGUCAAACUCGUGGCUCUUGGCCACCGUUGUGGCCGGCUCGGUCCUUGCGAGAGAGCUCUCUCUGACGUCGGCUCUCACGGCCGGCCAGCUUGUCAAGAGCCACAUGAGGUACAACAGGUCCAACAAUGAUGUCUCCAAGGUCUCUUCCUGAACCAUGACUGAACUUGCCCUUCUCUGC